AUGUUGUUCCUUGGAAAAUCAGUUCAAGAUAUUGCAGACUUCGUUCAUGUAUCGAUUCCUAUUCCUACGGUAUUCACGGAGCCAUUAAAUCAGAUAGAGGUUCCGCACUACCAAACACCAGAAAGUAGUACAGAACAUUUUCCUUCAUCCUCUGGCAAGGAUGAAAAUGAUUCGCAGAACCAAAAUGAUGGCACUAAUGAGUAUUUAGUUAGGUCUGGUUCACUGGGAAUGUGUGAUGAUCCAUAUUGUUUAACUUGCCCAAUCUACCUCAGGUCUAGUGAGCAAAGGAUUGCAAAUGCUUUGGGUACCUUCAAUCAGAAGGAAAAUAUGUGUAAUGUUAGAGACGAGCCUAUGACUAUUCAUUUUGUUGAGCAAAUUAGAACCUUGGCUUGUAUUAUGUACUUCCUAAACAUAUUUCUUCAGUUUAGGGUGGCUUAUGUUUCUUAUGAAUCAUGGCCACGUGGUGCACAUUUAAUUGAUCAUCCAAAGAAAAUUGCGUUCAGGGUUCUGCCAAUUGGAUUGUUCACAGGGAUGACAGCCCAGAAAAAAAUCAUUAAAAAUCUUCUCAUCUUUUUGCCAUCUGGCCAUGUUGUUGGUUCUAUCUGGUAUAUAUUUGGUGUACAGAGAGUUCAUGGAUGCUUGCUAGAUGUCUGCCGCAAGAUUACUUCUAAUAUUACUGGAUGCUUAGCAUUUACUGACUGUAGGCACCAAGGCGGUGCACCUGGCCUGUGGAAAAAUAACGAAAUUGCCACUGCUUGUUUGAGUUCCACUUCUGAUACUAUUCGAUAUGGAAUCUUUCAAGAUGCUGCCUCACUUGCUACAGACACUAGUGUCCUAAAAAAAAUUGCAUUUUCACUGUUUUGGGGCUUUAAGAAGUAUCUUCAGGCUCUUCAAAGCAGAUACCUUAUUGAUAGACAUCUUUGGAGGACUGAAAUGGAACUUAGAGAUCGUGAUGUUGAUCAAUGGAUGAACCAUCGCAGCUUACCACGAGGUUUAAGAAGGAGAAUACGAAUGGCUGAACAUUAUAAUUGGGCAGCAACAAGAGGAUUCAAUGAAGAGAAGCUGAUGGAGAAUUGGCCGGAAGAGCUCCAGACAGACAUAAGACGUCAUCUCUUCAAAUUUAUGAAGAAAAUUCAAAUAUUUGCCCUGAUGGAUGAGUCAAUCCUAGAUGUAAUUUGUGAGAGGUUAAAACCAAGGAGAUACAUCAUAGGAAGUAGAAUUUUGAGUGAGGGUGGUGUUGUAGAGACGAUGGUCUUUGUUAUGCGUGGUAAAUUAGAGAGCAUUGCAGCAGAUGGAACUAGACUUCUCUUAUUAGAUGGUGAUGCUUGUGGAGAAGAACUUCUCCCAUGGUAUCUUGAGCAUGCUACUGUUAGGACAGAUGGUAAAAAGGUAAGGCUUCCUACACAGAGAUUGGUUAGCAAACGUUCUGUGUGGUGCCUAACAAAUGUGGAGGCAUUUUCACUUCGCCUUGCAGACCUUGAGAAUCUCUCAAUUCUUUUCAGAGGAUUCUUGCAGAACCCUCGUAUGAAUUACCUCAUUGGCGAUUACAUGCAGCAAAACGGAUUCAGGCUGCAUGGAGAAACUGGAAGAGAAGAUGCUCUCUUCAUAGGGAUAGUAUUAACAUUUCAAAUUGAAAGAAAAUGGUAA